AUGUCGAGCCACGGAAUUCCUCGAACAGCCAAUCGUGAAGAACGGACGGUUGAAGCACGACAACGAGAACUCAUAGAGAUCGCUCAAUACCAGCAACUCGUCGAAGAAGUCAAUACAGAGAUCAAAAGAAAAGAAUUCACGCCGGCCUUAUUGCAAAAGACUGCCGACUUGCUCAAAAAGAACCCCGAAUACUACACUAUCUGGAAUCACCGCCGUCGAAUCUAUGUCAACGAAUUUCAUGAUCUCGAAAACGAGGUUGCAUCGAGGAAGAUCACGGACGACACUAAGAUAAGUAACAUCUUGGACAUCAUCCAGCUGGAUUUGCAGUUCUUGUUCCCACUUCUGCUCAAAUUUCCAAAAUGCUAUUGGAUAUGGAAUCAUCGACUGUGGCUCCUUCAGCAAUCAACGGCACUUUUACCAGCAACCCAGGCUCGAAAACUCUGGGAAGAAGAGCUUGGACUAGUCGGAAAGAUGCUCAGUCGAGAUAGCAGAAACUUCCAUGGCUGGGGCUACCGGAGAAUUGUGGUCAGCAGCCUCGAAAGUUCAGCCCUACAAGGUCAGAGUAUGUCACGCCAGGAACUGGCGUACACGAAGAAGAUGAUCGGCACGAAUCUUUCAAACUUCUCGGCGUGGCACAACCGGAGCAAACUCAUCCUAAAGAUCCUGGACGAGGAGGAGGCUAGUAACAAUGAGAGAAAAGACAUGUUGGAUGAAGAGCUUGAGUUAAUACACAAAGCCCUGUUCGACCCUUAUGACCAAUCCUUGUGGUUCUACCAUCAAACCCUCAUGUGCGCCUUUGACCCCGACCAAGCAAAUAAGAGCAUGGCACCAAACCUCUCGAACGCACAGCGACUCGAAUACAUUGCUUCAGAGCGUGAGUACAUUGAAGAAGUACUUGAAGAUGCGCAAGAUUGCAAAUGGGCAUAUCAAUCGCUCAUCGAAUGCACACUUUUGGAAGCCAAACUAAACAACGGGCUGCCGGAGGUCGAUAAGACGAAAGUGCUGAAAUGGACAAACGAACUGAAGUCGCGUGACCUGUUGAGAAAGGGCAGAUGGCUUGAUCUGGAGCAGUCGCUUGUCAAAGACACAUGA